GAGACUGGAAGUCAAAAUAUGUCAAGAGUUAGGAGUAAAUGCGACUUAUCUCUUUCUCAAGCAAAGGUGUGCUAUUAGUCGGGGGGUGCACGAGGCAUUUCUUCAAGGAAGCUUCUGCAGGAGGAGCCUGUUUGCGCACAUGGUGCCAAAGGGUGCAAUUCUCCAGCACGGUCUCCCAGCUGGAAACUAAUGGACCAGGGAGAAGAGUCAGUGUGAGGCGGAGCAGUUGUUCCUCUCUUUGCAGCAACCCAUGCAGCGAGGGUGAGCUGAGCUCUACAGUCUCCAGCAGUGCUCCCAACCCCUCACCGCAGCAGUGGGAGCUGCUGAACAGGAGCAGGCAGUGGCCAAAUCCCUGUGGCUGACAGCUUCCAGGGAAAAUGGAGCGUCAGAGGCCAGGGUGCAAAGCUGCAGCUGCUGUCCUAGCCUGGUCCUUGCUCUUCUCUGUCCUCCAAACCACCAGGGUCAGAGCUCUGCAGGGAUCCCCACCGAUGCCACAGUUAGAGGAUGUCAUCUUGGACAACAUCAGCUGGGCUGCAGAGGAAGCUCAGGGCAAUGAAUCCUCAGAGCACGCGUUCUUCUCUCUGGAUUAUCAGCAUGUCCAAGUCCCCUUUGAAAUCACCCUCUGGAUCAUGCUUGCAUCCUUGGCCAAAAUAGGGUUUCAUCUCUACAACAAGCUGCCUUCUGUUGUUCCCGAAAGCUGUUUAUUGAUAUUUGUAGGACUCAUAAUGGGGGGGAUCAUCUAUGGUUUAAACGACAAGUCACCACCUGUUAUGGACAGCGACAUCUUUUUCCUGUACCUCCUGCCACCCAUCGUCCUUGAUGCAGGUUACUUCAUGCCCAGCCGUCCCUUUUUUGAGAACAUUGGUACAAUCCUCCUCUAUGCGGUCGUGGGGACAAUAUGGAAUGUGUUUGGGAUCGGCUUCUCCCUGUACGGGAUCUGUCAGGUGAAAGCCUUUCGCCUGCAGGAUGUGUCAUUGCUCCACAAUCUCCUAUUCGGCAGCCUGAUCGCUGCCGUGGAUCCUGUGGCGGUGUUGGCUGUCUUUGAAGAGAUACACGUCAAUGAAAAGCUGCACAUUUUGGUCUUUGGUGAAUCGCUUCUGAAUGAUGCAGUGACGGUGGUACUCUACAAGCUAUUUCGAGCUUUCUGUGAAAUGCCCACCAUCAAAACUGUGGAUGUUUUUGCUGGAGUUGGAAAGUUCUUCGUGGUUGGGCUAGGAGGAGUCCUAGUAGGUCUUAUUUUUGGGAUGACCGCUGCCUUUACCACGCGAUUCACCAAGGAUAUCCGUGUCAUCGAGCCACUCUUUGUCUUCCUAUACAGCUACCUUUCUUACCUCACUGCUGAAAUGUUUCACCUUUCAGGGAUUGUGGCCAUCAUUGCUUGUGCCAUGGGCAUGAAACGUUACGUGGAGGCCAACAUCUCUCUGAAGUCUCACACCACGGUCAAAUACUUCAUGAAGAUGUGGAGCAGUGUUAGUGAUACCCUCAUCUUCAUCUUCCUUGGAGUUUCCACCAUUGGAGAAAAUCAUGAGUGGAACUGGCCAUACAUUUGCUUCACUGUCAUUUUCUGUCUUGUUUGGAGAGCACUAGGUGUUCUUGUGCUGACUUUCUUUGUGAACAGAUUUCAUGUGAACACCAUCACCAGCAAAGACCAAUUCAUUAUAGCAUAUGGGGGUCUCCGAGGAGCCAUUUGUUUCUCUUUGGUUUUCUUGCUGCCUGACUUUCACAGAAAGAAGCUCUUCAUUGCGGCAACAACUGUUGUUAUCCUCUUCACCGUGUUCGUACAGGGAAUGACCAUCCGUCCUCUUGUUGACUUGUUGGCUGUUAAGAGGAAAAGAGAGAGUGCUCCCACAGUGGGAGAGCAGAUCCAUAUUCGGUUCUUGGAUCAUUUGCUGGCUGGCAUUGAAGAUAUAUCUGGACACUGGGGACAGUAUUACUGGAAAGACAAAUUAGAGUAUUUUAACAGCAAAUACCUGCAGAAGAUCCUACUUCGAGAAUACGACCAGCCAAAAUCAAGUAUCGUGCUUCUCUAUGAAAAGCUGGAGCGGAAACAUGCCAUUGAGCUGGCAGAAGCAGGGCAGCUGGGGCACGGCCUGUCUCACCCAUCCUUGCUCAACAAUGACAGGACUGUCAUAACAGACACAAAAUUGGAGGAUACUCUGGAUCCGGCUGUCCUGGAUAACAUACAGGAAAUAUUGGCAAGGAACCUGUAUCGAAUAAGGAGAACGGGGCCAGCGUACAACAGGCACACCCUUCCUGGAGAAACAGAGCCUGUGGAACAUGCCAAGGAGAUCCUGAUCCUCCGGCACAAAAGCCUGCAGGUGGAAGUGAGAGGAAGUGAUACGGUCAGCUCCAGGAAGGAGUCACAGAAGGAUGACUCCUACUCAGCGCAGGGUGACUCCAGCAUGCAGCCCAAGCUGUGCCGUUCCUUCACUGUGGGGAAUGCCGAAAAGCUUCUGGAAGUGAAGCAGAAUCGGUCCAAGUCAGUGUGUGUUAUCCCACCACUGCAGCCCAGCAGUAUUGCCUGUGGGGAGAAUGAGGAAGUGGAGAAAGAGCUGGCUUUGGAGAUGUGAAAUUGCAAGAGAUGAUUCAAGUGAGGGAUCUGUUUCAUGGAUGGCUAUGAUACAUGUAGAUAAUGUAAAUAAGAUUCAUACUGAAAGGGACAAUAUGGACAGGGCAAAAUAUUCUAAGUGGUUUGCAACAAAACAUGCUCUUAUCAAAACCCCAGUGUUGUACAACAGGAACCAAGGGCAAAGAUGCAUGGUUGAGCACUAGCAAUGCAAGGUGAUGUCUGAGAGAGAAUUUCUAAGAAAUGUCUAGGAAAAAUUAGUCUUUUUGGCAUGGGAAAAUUGAUGAAACUGUCUAUAACUGCAAUAAAAGAUGUUUUAAUAAGGUGAGAUAUCAGAUCUUCUCAUUAGUCAGCAGGGAUAGACUAAACAGCAGGGAACAUUUAGAUCAAACAUUAGGAAAAACUUCAUAAUCUUGAGGAGGGCUUUGUUAGGCAAUGGCAUGUGUCACUAGGAGAGACAGCAGAGCCAGCAAUGGAUCUCUUCUGCUCCUUGGGAACUGGAGCCAGGAAGAGGAACCAGGUCCUGCUUCUGGACAUUAAACAUAUAAGUCCAAAAUUAAAUCAAGUAGUUAAA